AUGUCUCUCUUUCAGAAGAUAUUCAAGAAAACUAAAGACAGUAAUGAGUUGCAAAAUGCAAAUGCCUCUACAACACCGACGAGUCUAGUUGAAGCCUCCACGAGCAUCGCAGCAUCGAUUGCCGUACCAGCAAACAUGGAUGCUACUGCUCCUGGAACAGGUCAGAUGGAGAGGCCAAAAACUCCAUCUGAUGCCCAAAUAAACGUACAAUCCCAAACUCAGCAAGACGCUGACCGGUCGACCCGAGGCUCCAAGACGGACAAAUGGCUUUCCCGAGCGGCUUUAGUACUUGAUUUGACCAAGAGUGCCGCUGACGCAGGCGGUCUCGCGCCAUUGAAAGGAGCAUGUGAAGGCAUGGUCACUCUCCUGGGAUCCAUUCAGGCAGUCAAAGAUAACCAGUCCGCCUGGUCCGAGCUCCUACGGACGGUCCAGGAGCAUAAGACGGCACUUCAACGGCAGCUCGACCAGCUGGGUAUCAAAGACAUACUCGAAGAGUGUGAAAAGUCUAUUAGCGGUCCGGUCAUGGAUUAUACAACCACCCUCAAGGAGUUGGUCGCCGAUAUCUGCGUAGAUUCGGGACUCAAGGAAUCCGAGAUCGACGGAGGUAUCACCUUGAAGAUACUGGCUCAACGUAUAGGCACUACAAGACUGGAGGCAGACAUCAUCACUACGUACCAGCGACGAUUGACAGAUGCUAAAAGCGGACUGAUGCAAGCUCUAACGCUCUAUAUUACCAUCUCGGUGAAAGCGACGGCGGAGAGGGAUAUCUUGAAAGACCUCCGGUCUAAACCGCGCCAACGUCCACCAGAGUGCCAACCGGGAACACGCGUCGAGAUACUGGCCAAAUGUGAAGCCUGGUCAAAAGACCUGGAUGCACCGAACAUCCUUUGGAUCAAAGCCGCGCCAGGAGCAGGCAAGUCGGCCAUCGCAUCGACAUUAGUGACUACAUUAGGUAUCAAAAAAACGCGCCUAGGAGCGACCUUCUUCUUCAAUCGCCAGGAAACAGCGGCUGUCACUGCGAGCACGGUGUGGCAAGGUAUCGCUUACGAUCUAGCACGACACCCUACCAUUCGUAAACAGCUCGCAGACAAGAUGAAUAAGGAGGAGAUUGACCUGGCAACUCCCAAUAUCAAUACCAUCUUUGAUCAGUUGAUCGGAGAGCCAUUGUCUAAAAUCGGCACGGUAUCCGGGGAUCAAUCACCUAUAGUUGUCCUCGACGCAUUGGAUGAGUGUGGUGGACUGGAGGGUGUCCGGUCGACAGAAUUUCGCAACCUCAUUCGUACGCUCGCGGCGUGGUCUGAUCUCCCGUCCAGUUGCAAGCUGAUUGUGACCAGUCGCGAAGAGGCCGUGAUAGCAAGGAUCUUUACUGGCCCUAGAACACCAUAUACGAUCGAUUUGCUUAUCGGAGAAGAGACGAUCAAUCAAUCGACGAAAGAUAUUCAAGCAUUCCUGAGCCAGGAGCUUGGGGAAAUCACCAAAGAGUACUCUUCUUUACCCGUAGGAUGGCCUGGAGUAGCCACUAUCGAAACACUCGCGACCAAAGCCGGUGGGCUAUUCAUCUGGGCGUCAACAGCGGUCGAGUAUAUCCGCCGUGGUCCUCCAAAGGAGAAUUUGGAGGAGAUGAUUCAUGCCGAUAUCACUAUGGGUAUGAGCGCACUUUACACCAAAGUUAUCGACACGGCUUUUCGAGACGCACCGAGCAAAAUCAUUCAAGAAUCUCAGAUGGUUCUUGGUACCAUUGUUGUCGCCAGAGAGAUCUUGGACAUCCGGACAAUAGCAGAGCUCCUCGCAAUUGACUUGUCGAGGGUCGAGUACAUAUGCAACGCUCUACGGCCCGUAUUAGAAAUUAGGAAAGGCGCGCGCUUUCGCCACCAGUCGUUUGUGGACUUCCUAUUAAACCAGCAAGCAACAGGUUCGGCACUCCAGAUUGACACGAUCAACUGUAAUCAGAUUCUUGCUGAUCAUUGCCUACGGGUGAUGACAGAGAGGCUGAGGUUCAAUAUUUGCGAGAUUCCGUCGUCGUAUCUACUCAACAGCGAUGUCUUGAAUACACUCUCAUCCAUAGAAGACUACAUCCCAUCCUGUUUACAGUACGCAUCGCGAUACUGGGUAGACCAUCUGCAGGGUAUACCUCCUGGUGAAGAAACGAUAGUAGGAAUCAGAUAUAUCCUCAAGAAUCAUUUCCUCUCUUGGCUCGAGGUCGCAAGUUUAUGCUCAUUUGCACACGCCUUACAGUCUAUCCUAAUUCCAUUGAUCGCGUGGCUGAAGAUAAACAAUGGCGGGAGCCUGAUACCAUUCGCCACGGACAUGCUUCGGUUCACGACCCAUUUCAUUGAACCAAUAUCGUCAAGUGCAGCACAUAUCUAUAUUUCUGCAUUAUCGUUGUCCCCAACGUCCUCAGAGGUGAAAAAGAACUACCAGGAUCGGUUCCCAAGCGGGCUAGUCGUUUGUACAGGUGGCUAUCGAAGCUGGUCGCCACUUCUUCUGACUUUGCGUGGACAUAGCGGGAUUAUAACCGCUGUUACGAUCUCUCCGGGUGGUGAUCGUAUUGCCUCUGGUUCGGAGGACAACACGAUACGGCUCUGGGACGCCGAAACAGGCAAGCAAAUUGGACAGCCACUUGAAGGACAUACGGAAAAAGUCAAUUCGGUCGCAUUCUCGCCGGAUGGUCGUCGUAUUGUAUCGGGCGCAAAUGACAACACAGUACGAUUAUGGGAUGCUAAGACAGGAGAGCAGAUUGGACAGCCACUUCAAGGACAUACAGACCGGGUUAGGUCGGUUAUGUUCUCGCCAGAUGGUUGUCGUAUCGCAUCUGGCUCGGAUGAUGAGACAGUAAGAUUGUGGGACGUAGAGACAGGCGAGCAGGUGGACCACCCACUUCGAGGACAUACAAACUGGGUUAUGUCUAUUGCAUUCUCACCGGAUGGUCGUCGUAUUGUAUCGGGCGCAAAUGAUAAAACAGUACGAUUGUGGGAUGUAGAGACAGGCGUGCAGAUUGGGGAGCCAUUUAGAGGGCAUACCGAUUACGUCAGGUCGGUCGCGUUCUCACCGGACGGACUUCGUGUCGUAUCUGGCUCGCAUGACAAGACAGUGAGAUUAUGGGAUAUAGAAACGGGAAAACAGAUUGGACGGUCAUUCGAAGGACAUGCAAGCUUUGUUCUUUCGGUCAUAUUCUCGCCCGAUGGCUAUCGUAUUGCCUCCAGCUCGGGUGACAAAACGGUACAAUUGUGGGAUGUGGAGACAGGGAAGCAGGUUGGUCAGCCGCUUGUAGGCCAUGCAGAUCCAGUUGGAUCCAUUGCAUUCUCGCCGGAUGGUCACCGCAUUGCAUCCGGCUCAGAUGACAAGACAGUCCGAUUGUGGGGUGUAGAAUCAGGCGAAGCUACUGUGCAGCCAGUUGAGGGACACGCAGACUCGGUCAUGUCGGUUGCGUUCUCGCCAGAUGGUCGCCUUAUCGCAUCUGGCUCGGGUGAUAAGACAGUACGAUUAUGGGAUACAGAGACAGGCAAGCAGAUUGGAGAGCCACUUGAAGGACAUACGAGAUCAGUCAACUCCGUCGCAUUCUCGCUGGAUGAUCGUCGUCUCGUCUCUGGCUCGGAUGAUCAGACAAUACGAUUGUGGGAUGUAGAGACAAAAAAGCAAAUUGGGCAGCCAUUUCAAGGACAUACAGACCGGGUUUGGUCUGUUGCGUUCUCUCCAGAUGGCCUUCGUAUUGUAUCUGGCUCGCAGGAUGAGACAGUACGAUUAUGGAACGCAGAGACAGGCGAGCAGGUGGGGCAGCCUCUGAAGGAACAUACAAACCCGGUGAUGUCGGUUGCGUUCUCGCCAAAUGGUUGUCGUAUCGCAUCUGGCUCCGGCGACCACACUGUACGAUUGUGGGAUGCAGAGACAGGCAAGCAGGUUGGACAACCACUUGAAGGACAUAUAGACUGGGUCAUUUCGGUCACAUUUUCACCGGAUGGUCGCCGUGUCGUAUCUGGCUCAGGCGCCCGGACAAUACGAAUGUGGGAUGUAGAAACAGGAGAGGAGAUUGGGCAGCCAUUUAUUGGACACAGCGGCGAUAUUAACUCGGUCGCAUUCUCGCCGAAUGGCUGUCGUAUCGUAUCAUGCUCGGAGGACCGGACGAUACGAUUAUGGGAUGCAGAGAUAGGAGAGCAAAUCGGGCAGCCAUUGAGAGGACAUACAAGUUAUGUCAAAUCGGUCUCAUUCUCGCCAGAUGGCUAUUUUAUCGUGUCUAGUUCAAGUGACGGGACUGUCCGGCUGUGGAAUUCGACUAGUGAGAGCCUUGAUCUGCUUCCUAAUCUCCACUCCGUAAUUGACGGCGAUGGAUGGUUGCUCACACCAGAUGGCAAGCCGCUUUUCUGGGUUCCGCCUCAGUUUCGCACUGGCCUUGUUCGACACGGAGUUCGUAUCAUGGGCCAAUGUCAAAGAUUGGAAGUUGACUUGUCCCGAUCUGUCUAUGGAGAAGAGUGGACACGAGUGACAGAAGCCAGGAAUGACUAG